CUGCGCCGCCCCAAGCGUAGUAGGGGCCAACAACAGGCACUAUAUCGCUGAGCCUGUCAAUUAUUCCGAAAUUGUCUGCACAACAAUUUGAACGUGCACAUUUGCACGCUUUUUAAAAUACCGGCGGUUAAGUCAAGUUGUCGCGAGCACCAGCCCUGGAAGCAUGUCUACGUCUGGCAAACUACCACGGCGAACGAAAACGAUGCCUUCAUCCUUCUAGAAAAGCUAGUGAGUUAGCCACUGCAACAUUAGCAUUUGGCUAAACUGACGCUCGCGUCACGAUACUUGAUCCACAAACACAAAAAGCUAAGCAGCGUUGCACAUGUUUCCGGGGUUGGAACCAGCGAUGAAUGUCAGCCAAAAAGAAAUGGUUUAAAAAAAACAAACGGGUUAUGAAAUCGCACGAUCAUGGAGAACAUUUGGACGUAGCAUGCUUUAUUCAUCACAUGCUCAGUAAUCCAGCACGAAUACAAGUCGAGCGAGUCUAAAUGUUUUCCUUUUUUUGGGGCAAAGUGAUUGUCAAUGUUUUGGUCGUGGAAUCGCGAAUCAAAGCGAGCAGACCAUGACGAAUCCCCUUUGCUGUUACGUUAGCGAGCUACACCGUAGCUAACGCUAGCUGCAAAUUUGGCUAGCUCGGUAAUUUAAUGUUGUCUUAUUAGCGUAAUUAAUCCGAGACGAACACAACUGAGGGACACAUCCGACGCAGCCCAACAUGGCUUCAGAGGAGGCGUCGCUGCAUGCACUGGAGAGCCUGAUGACCGAAUUCUUUCACAGCUGCACAACCAAUGAAAGAAAACGAGAAAUAGAAGAGUUGCUGAAUAACUUUGCACAGCAGACUGGAGCGUGGCGCCAUUGCUUGUUCUUCCUCUCUAAUACCCGGAAUGAGUAUGUCAUGAUGUACAGUCUCACAGUAUUUGAAAACCUGGUGAACAAGAUGUGGAUCGGUUUAGCUCCGCAAGACAAAAUGGAGAUUCGCAGCUGUUUGCCCAAACUCCUACUUGAACACCACAAAUCGGUGCCCUAUUUCAUCCGCAAUAAACUCUGCAAAGUCAUUGUGGACAUUGGUCGCCAGGACUGGCCAAUGUUCUAUCACGAUUUCUUUACAAACACGCUUCAGUUGAUCCAGUCCCCCGCUUUGGCACAGUUAGGCUUGGUAAUGCUGAAAACCACAUCAGAGGAACUCGCAUGUCCUCGGGAAGACUUGAGUGUUGCCAGAAAAGACGAACUGCGGAAACUGCUGCUGGAUCAGGUACCGACAAUGCUUGGACUGUUGACAGGCAUCCUGGAGACUUACUGGGACAAGCACAGCAUCAUCGCUUCCACACCGCCGCCCUCACCCACAUCAGGAGAAUGCGUGGAACUUUUGGGCACGUUGUUUCAGGGUAGUCAGUACUCAAAGCUUCUGUGCCAGCCCAUGGCAGCACUCGACAACGAGAGCCAGCAUCUCUGUUGUCUCGUUUUGGAGUGCUUGGCCCACCUGUUCAGCUGGAUUCCCCUGUCCAUCAACAUCACACCCACUCUGCUGGCAUCCAUCUUCCACUUUGCACGCUUCGGCUGCGAUCUUCGGGCGAAAGCCAAGUCCGGCUCUUUCAUCUCCUCGACCUCCUCGUCUUCUAACGGGCACCUCAACGCCGGGACAAUGCCGCCCUCGUCAAACGGCGGAGGCCGACAAAGUGAGGGUAGCAAGGUUGAUCGCUCCCGCCUCGGCGUACUCGCCAUGACCUGCGUCAACGAGCUGGUGUCCAAGAACUGUGUGCCCGUGGACUUUGAGGAGUACCUGUUGCGCAUGUUCCAGCAGACUUUCUUUCUUCUACAGAGGCUCACUCGCGAGAAUAACGCUCAUACAGUCAAGAGUCGGCUCCAGGAACUUGACGAGAGCUACUUGGAAAAAUUCACAGAUUUCCUGCGUCUGUUCGUCAGUGUUCACUUGAGGCGGAUUGAGUCUAGUCCUCAGUUUCCAAUUGUAGAAUUUCUUGCCCUGCUCUUCAAGUACACCUUCAACCAGCCUACCCACGAGGGCUACUUUUCCUGUUUGGAUAUUUGGAGUGUCUUUUUGGAUUUUCUUACAACCAAAAUCAAAAGCAGACUAGCCGACAGAGAAAGUGUUCUCAACAGGUACAAAGAUGCCUUAGUCCUUCUGUUGAGAGAAGUUCUGAAUCGCAUCCAGUUUCGAUACAAUCAGGUUCAAUUAGAAGAACUGGAUGAUGAGACGCUGGAUGAUGAUCAACAGACUGAAUGGCAAAAGUACCUGCGUCAGAGUCUGGAGGUUGUUGCCAAGGUGAUGGAGCUGCUGCCUUCCCAUGCAUUUUCUACUUUGUUUCCCAUUCUUCAAGAAAACUUGGAUGUGUACUUGGGUCUGCGGCAGUUUAUCGUCACCACCGGCACAAUUCGCAGGCUGAACAUCACCGCCGAGAACGACUGCCGCCGACUUCACUGCUCUCUCAGGGACCUCAGCUCCCUUCUCCAAGCCGUCGGGCGCCUGGCCGAACAUUUCAUCGGGGAGAUUUUCGCAUCACGUUUCAACGACGCCCUUGCAGUUGUUGAGAGGCUGGUAGAAGUGACUUGCUACGGGUCUCAGACCAGCUUGUACGACCUGGAAACCGCCGUGCCUUCUGUACUCAAACCAGACCUCAUUGAUGUACAUGCACAGGCCCUUGCAGCUUUGCAAGCCUACUCUCAUUGGCUUGCACAGUUCUACAGUGAGGUCCACAGUCAAAACCAGAGGCAGUUUGUCAACCUUAUAACGUCUGCAGUCGAUGCCAGUUGCCCCCUCAUCACCGCGAAGGUACCGGAAAAGUUACUGCUGUGCGCGUGCCAUCUGAUGGUUUCCAUCACCUUGACAGUGCGACCUGUGUUUCUGGCGUCUCUGCCUGCUGUUCAGAACAUCUUUAACCUCAUCACUGAGAAUCAGACUCACAGGCUCCCCCUAGAGGCUCACCUGCUCGUGUGUCGGGCUUUAUCCAACAUGCUGCUCCUCCCGUGGCCAAAUUUAUCAGAGAACGAGCAGCAGUGGCAGACACGGUCCGGCAGUCACGCCAGCAUGCUGGCGGCCCUCACCAGGGAAUAUCGGAUGCUAAGAGGGACGGUGAACUUAACUCCGCGGCGACCUGAAAUGCAUGACUUGAAAGCAGUGAUCCAUCAGACCUUGCCUGUCCUUCGAGACAUAGUCGACAGCAUCUCUGGCGAGUCCACCAAAUCUCGUCAGAUCUGUUACCAGAGUUUGCAGGAGUCGGUCCAAGUGUCCCUCAGCCUUUUCCCCGUGUUUAUUCAGCAGCCAGAUGUGACGGAUGAGAUGUUGGCCUUCUUCUUGACGCUGUUUCAGGCGCUGCGAGUCCAGAUGGGCGUUGCCUUCACCGGACAGAUCCUCCACACAUUCCUCAGCUUGUUCACCAGGGAACAGCUGGCAGCCAGUAUUUUGCAGGAGGGCAGCGCAGGUUGCCGAGUGGUACAGAAGUUCUUGAAAAUCCUGCAGGUGGUGGUACAGGAACCCGGUCAGGCUUUCAAACCCUUUCUGCCCAGCAUUCUCUCUCUCUGCAUGGAGCAGGUGUAUCCGGUUGUGGCAGAGCGAUCCUCUCCUGAUGUCAAAGCGGAGAUGUUUGAGCUUUUAUACCAAAUACUUCACCAAAACUGGCGGUACUUUUUUAAAACUUCGAUUCUGACAAGUGUCCAAAGAGGAGCCCCCGAGGACGCCAUGGAGAACGAGGCCCAGUUCACGGCUGCCAUGCAGGCUUUCGGCCAGUCUUUCCUGCAGUCCGACAUCCACAUCUUCAAGCAGAAUCUCUCCUAUUUGGAGACCCUCAACAGCAAGCACAAGUUGUAUCACAGAAAGCUUUUCCGGACCUCGAUGCUCUUCCACUUCAUCAACGUGCUGCUGCAGGUCCUCCUCCACAAAAGUCACGACCUUCUCCAGGAGGAAAUCACCCUGGCCAUUUACAACAUGGCCUCUGUGGACUUUGAUGCCUUCUACUCGGCCUUCAUGCCGGAGUUCCUCAACAGCUGCCAGGGUGUGGACACCAACCAGCGAGCCGUCCUCGCACGCAACUUCAAGAUAGAACAGGACCUGCCGUCCUUCACUCAAAGCGUGCAGCGGCUGGUGAACGACCUUCGCUACUACAGACUGUGCAACAGCAGCUUGCCCACCGGCACGAUCAAGCUAUAGCGCGACUGAACCACUUCACGAUGCAUCCAGGACAUUCAAGGAUUGCCUGUGCUGACCACUUUGCCCAACACUCCAAACUCGGCUUUGGCUCGCGUGUUCAAAGUUGUAGGAAGGUUGAGGAUGCUGCUGUUUUUUUUUUUUUUUUGAUUUCUACUGUAGACAUUUGGCCAAUCGUUGUUUUUGUUGUUGUUUAAAGCAGCGCCCACCAUAUGUCGCCAAUGAUUCAUUGGCAGAAAAAUGUUUAAGCUGGUCUGCAGUUGUUGUUUUUUUCGCCCUAGACCCGGACCAGUCUGAGCCAGGCCUUCUUUCCCUCGCCUCGGCCGCGGAGCCGAGCUGGGACUGAGCACUUUGAACUCAUUUUGAGUUUUUUGUAAUGUCUGCUUCUAUUCAUUUUUUUUUUGCCUUCAGGUUUUUUCAUCUCCAAAGGAGACGGACUCUCACCUUAAAAUCUUUCACAUCAUUCCAUUCUGAAAGAGAAAACUUGCUUGAUUUGAUAAUUAAAGUGCUUUUUUUUUUU